AUGGCCUCCAACACCGACGCCGCCUUCGUCGAGGACACCGACAUCGAGCAGCAGCUGAGGGCGCGCGCCCAUGGCUCCAAGACGCCCAAGACACCGGGCCCCGACAGCGACGACGAGGACGCGCCGCUGCUGGGUGCCUCGCCGGCUGCCAGCGGGCACGAGCAAUGGGCUGGCGAUGCCGACUUUCGCGGCCUUCCCUGGUGGAAGCGCCCUUCGAUAUUCUGGCUCCUGCCUCCCUUCCUGCUCUUCACCAUCGCGUUUGGCGGCAUCAUCGUGCCCAAGAUCAACCUGAUCAUGGACCUCGUCUGCGAGGAGUACUACGCGACCCUCGAGACCGACCCCAUAUCCUCUCCCAUGGACCCGGGCCAGGACCGAUGCCAGAACGACGCCGUGUCCUCGCGCUCCUCCCUCUUCCUCCUGUACGCCAGCUUGUGCUCCGGCAUACUCUCCGCCAUCAUCAGCCCAAAGAUUGGCGCCCUCUCGGAUCGGUACGGGCGCAAGAAGUUCAUGAUAGCCAACACCUGCGGCGCCCUCUUUGGCGAGGUCCUCACAAUCCUGGCCGCCAAAUUCCCCGACACGGUGCACGUCAACUGGAUACUCGUUGGCUACUGCUUGGAGGGCGUAUCGGGAUCCUUCAUCGUCGGCAUGGCAUGUGCCCACUCGUAUGCCUCCGACUGCGUUGCACCACAGAAGCGGAACGUCGCCUUUUCCUACUUCCACGCUUGCUUGUUUGGCGGCAUCGCCAUCGGACCCGCGCUGGCAGGCUACAUCAUCAAUGCGCGCCAGAAGUACGUUGGCAAGACCGAAGCCGUUUUGCUCAUCUUCUACAUGGCCCUUGGUGCCCACUUGAUCUUCAUUGCAUUCCUUGCCUUCCUUGUCCCCGAAUCGCUCAGCAAAGCACGCCAGGAAGCCGCACGUGAGAAGCGCAGAGAGGAAGUGGAACGACAGGGUCCCGCCGGCGACUUCAUCAACCAGCUACGCUCUAUCAGCCUGUUUGGCCCGCUGAAGAUUCUCUGGCCGACUGGACCUGGCACCUCGUCGGCUUUGCGCUGGAACCUGCUUCUGUUGGCCGCUACCGAUACCAUCAUGUUUGGUGUCGCAAUGGGUGCCAUGAGCGUUGUCCUCGUCUACACGCGCCGCCAAUUUGAUUGGCAUGAGCUAGAAAGCGGCCGCUUCACCACUAUCGUGAACAGCUCGCGUGUUUUUGCUCUUCUAGUCAUUCUGCCGAUUCUGACCCGCAUCUUCCGCGGGAAGAACGGGGCUGCCCGCAUGCGCAGUUCAGGUUCUGACCUAUUCGACCUUUCCAUUAUCCGUGCAGCCAUCUUCUUCGACAUGGCUGGCUUCCUCGGAUAUGCCCUUGUCCGCAAAGGCGAGCUCUUCGCACUCUCUGGCGCUAUUGCUGCCAUUGGCGGUAUCGGUUCGCCCACUCUUGGCGCUGCAUUGACCAAACAUGUGCCGCAAGAUCAGGUCGGUCAACUGCUAGGUGCCACGGGCUUACUUCAUGCUGUUGCACGUGUGAUGGGGCCCACCAUCUUUAACGGUAUCUACAGUGCCACAGUCGGCGCGUACAGACAGACCGUUUUCGUAUGUCUCGCAGCGACUUUCGGGACUGCGUUCCUGUGCAGUUGGUUCAUUCGUCCACAUGCAUUGAACCUCCUCGCGCCCACUCCGCGAUUGCCACGGCGUUCCGAGAAACAAUACACGACGAUACUACCCGACGGUGCACGAAGCGACCCAAAAGAACUUCCGUGCUGGCUGGACAAAUGGGCAGCAGAGAAGGAAGCCGCCAAGAAACAAGCCGCGAAGGAGCCGGGAAGUAAAGUCGUCAUACCGCCACAAAUGCCCAUCGAAGAACCGGAGCUCUUCAUGAGCGUCGUGGUCCCCGCAUACAACGAGGAGGAGCGGCUGGAAGGCAUGUUGGAGGAGGCUGUCGACUACCUGGAGAGCCAAUACGGUGAUGCGCAUGCUGGCGGCAAGGGUGAAAAGAGCCAGAGAGGAUGGGAGAUACUCGUUGUUAGCGAUGGAAGCACUGACGGCACCGUCGACAAAGCGCUGGAGUUUGCAAAGGAGCACCAACUCGCCCAACACCCCAAGUCGAAGCCAGGGCCGUGGUCGAAGAACGGCGACGCCAAGGCCGCGCACUCAACACACAUCCCACACGGCAGUAUCCGCGUCGUCACGCUUGAAGAGAACAGAGGCAAAGGCGGCGCAGUCACGCACGGCAUGCGACAUGUUCGAGGCCAGUACAUUGUCUUCGCCGACGCGGAUGGCGCGAGUCGAUUCUCGGACCUAGGGGCUCUCGUUGAAGGCUGCCAGAGCAUCGAGGACAAGCAUGGGCGCGGUGUUGCCAUCGGCUCUCGAGCUCAUCUCGUCGGCAGCGAAGCCGUUGUUCAGCGCUCCAAACUCCGCAACUUCUUGAUGCACUCGUUCCACAUCCUCCUUCGCAUCAUGACGCCUCCGGCCACCGCACGCAUCAAGGACACCCAGUGCGGCUUCAAGUUGUUUUCACGACCAGCACUUCCCUAUAUUGUCCCCUACAUGCACUCGGAAGGCUGGAUCUUCGACGUCGAGAUGCUGAUGCUGGCCGAGAGCGCUGACAUUGCCAUGAUUGAGGUGGCCAUCGGGUGGAAGGAGGUCAUGGGUAGUAAGCUAAAUGUUGUAUGGGAUAGUAUUGGCAUGGCAUGGGGUCUUGCGCUGUUGAGAGCUUGUUGGAUAGCGGGUAUUUAUCAGAGGGAUUAG